GUUUAUCGCGUAAUUUAGUAGUUGAUAUUAAUGAUUGAUGAACGAAAUCAGUGUAGAUCAGUUCUUAGAUUAAUGUUUCCCUUACGGAGUGCCUCUGAAGGAACCCAGUAAGUGUUUGUCUGUCAAGAAAACUAGAAGAAUGAAACUCGUACUGGUGUUGAUGCUGUGUGCCUUGGCGGCUGCGGCUCCUAAAUCUAACAAGCCUGUGUCACCGGCUCAAGUCGCUGACACGAUCGAAGGUCGCAACAUACUGGUGAAUACCCUGGUGCGUCAGCUGAUCGCAUACAUUCGCUUCGUCGUCAACAAUGGUUCCUCGAUCUUCAACAUCCCCGUCUUGGACCCUCUAGAUUUGGAGCACUACCACCUCCACGUACCUGCUGGCAUUGUCAACUUGGACUUGGUGCUUAACAAGAUAUUUGCGACUGGUCUCGGUAAAUUCGUGGUGCACAAGAGCGACCUGGACCUGGCUAACCUCACCUUCGACCUGGACCUCUCUGUGCCAGUCAUUGACGCAGUUGCUGAGGAGUACGACCUUCUUGGUGACCUCUUCACUGCCAUCCCUCUGUACGGAAAAGGAAAAGCUGUGUUCCAAGUGGAAAACUUAAGGUUCCGUGCUAAACUGUUCCUGGGGCAGUCCGCCGACGGGAAGUCUGUGCUAAUCGACAAAAUCGAGAACGCUGCCCUCGAAGUGCCUACCCUCAAGUCUGAAUUGACCGGAGUCAUCGGCGGCGGUGAUAUCGACGGUAUCGUGAACUCUGUCAUCGAAGAAGUCGUCAUUGACUACAUAAACAGGUUCCAGGGAGCCAUCGGUAAGACUGCCGGGUCCCUCAUGAUCUCAGGACUCAACCCUCUGUUGGAGCAGCUCGACACCUGGCGUUACAUCGCAGUCCUGCUACCCAGAAGCCAAUAAACUGACCAGUAUUUCUAAAUACACCCUGUACCUGCCUAAGAAGAUGUUGCAUCCGCAAGUUCCUAGGAGACGAUAAAAGAUAAAUGAACCAUUCGGUUUUUAGAUCGAGGAAUUCUAAUUAAUAAUGAUAAUUAUUACAGAAUUAAAACUCAUUUUUAUUUA